GACCAAGCCAAACGUAUUUUAACCGUUUUGAGGUUCUUGCGUGACGUAUACGAAGUACAUUAUUAAUCAAGGAUCGAAUAUAUCCCUACGCCCGAAUAUAUUGACUUUUCAGUUUUCAUAUGUCAUCCUAUAAACAUGUCACAUCGUUGAUAUAAAUCUAGUUCGUGAUCGCUGCUUCGACUAGUUCGUCACCGAAAUACAUCAAAGACAAAGUCUGCCGUACUUAGUUUCAGAAGAAGUUUAUAAAAGAAGCAAAGAUCGAUAAUUGUCAUGGUAAUUUUAUGUCGUAAUUAAAAUAUAAAAAUGCAAAGUUGUCUAGGUCCGGUUAUAAGCAAGCUCUUGCCAACGAAACGUAAGAGUAGAUCAAAGGUGAGGGGGAAGAGAUCUGCAGUAACAAUUAUGGUAAAAAUUGUCGUAUUAGGAGCCUGUGGUGUGGGGAAAACGAAUAUUAUUCGUCGAUAUGUUCACAACGAGUUUCUUGCAGACCACCAGCCGACUACAGAGGACGUCUAUGAGAAAUACUUUAGCUUUAAGCGAAAGAAUGAAUCUAUAUUAUUUAACAUUUACGACACGGCUGGAUCAGAUCAAUUUCCAGCCAUGAAAAGACUGGCUAUUAGCAACGGACAGGCGUUUGUGGUUUUAUACGCAAUUGACAAUAGGGCUUCGUUUGAAGAGGCGAAGAAAAUUUGUGCUGAAGUAUUUGAACUGAAGUCUGGAGAGGUAAAAUCAAUAAUGAUGGUCGGAAAUAAAUGUGACCUACCAAGUUCACAACAGACAGUAAGCACAGAAGAAGCAUCUUUAACGGCAAAACAGUUAAAAUGUAAAUUUACAGAAAGUUCUGCGAAACUUGGUAUAAAUGUUGAGAAAAUAUUUCGUGAGUCGCUGGCCGAAUUUUGACAUGAUUAUUUGGCUCACUGGUUAUUGGCAUAUUAAGUAUGUGACACUUGAAGUCAUGUGCUCAUGCGAUAUCUAAAUAUCAUAUGACGAAAAAUCACCGGCCAAGUCAAACAAAGAACUUGACCUGUGUGGACAUGUCGUCCCAGAAAACGGAAUAAACAAAGUGAAAAUACAUAAAUAAUAAUAUGUGAACUAACUAUAUUUCCCUAUCAUGAAUGUUGAUAAACCAAAUGAAAAAUAAUUAAUUAUGAAUGGUUAUAAUAUCAAUAUUCCUGCUGCGAUAAUGACAAUAUUGAUCAAAGUGCAUGAACUGGAUUUUUUGUACAUGCUGUGCUUUGAUGCUUUCUCUUACAACUAACCACAUAAUGUUUUGAAUAUAUCCAGGUGGGUUUCACUAAGCACUACUGUGAAAGCCGAUGAUGGUCAACCCGCCGCAAUUACCGAGUGAUAAAUAAUGUCAAUUAUUUUCAUUCAGUAUGGCCUUUCUUUUGUGGCACUGGCAAAUGAACUGAAAUAUAGCCGAAAUAUUUUGUGUAAUUUAUUUCCGCAUAUCAGAAUAAGGGUGAACACUUUACUGUUGACCACCUAUAUAUAAGUCAAUAGAGUCAGAGAACUAACUAAGAAACUUCAGUUAAUUUUGUUUCAAUGAAUGUAUAGUAAAUGAAGUAAAUGAAUAAUAUUAAUUGCGAUAUUGUUGGCAAUAAUAAAC